CAAACAAAAACAAAUGUUGUCGUCAGUCGCUGAGUCGCAGUUACGAAUAUGGCAGUUCUACGUACGAGUUUUUCUUGAUUUUUAAAAUGUUCCAUCGCAUUAACCUUGCUUGUUUCGUUUUUUCCUUUGCGAGAAUGCGACUGGUUUUGUAACGUAGCUGCUACCAAUUGUUUGAUGGUUUUAUGUACGUUGUGUGUCACCAUGUUAAGGUGAACAGAAUUCCUGGACCUUUCAAAAUGGGAAAUCACAAGAGCAAACUGCGAAGACAUCUCGCGCACGGCGACGAGGCUGGCGCUCUGGAGCUACUGAAAAAUCGGGAUGAUCUCCGAAAACAGCUGGACAUCGAAAUUGUUUAUAUAAAGAACGAAGGGAACACACCGUUUCAGUUGGCCUGCAUUCACGGGAUGGAGACUCUGAUCAGGACAUUUUUAACGGAUUACAGCGUCGAUAUCACAAAAAGAAACAGUGCUCAGGAGACUGCCGUCCAUUGUGUGUGUCGUCUUCCCUUUUCCAUUUACCUAAAGGAUCUCCCUCAGUAUCACGGCGACCGGAAACAUAAAUGCCUGAAGCUAAUUUUGGAAUAUAAGGACACGGAGAAUGCUCCGCUCUUAUUGAAAGAAGUGUACAUGAUGCUGGAUAUGCAUGGAAACACUCCGUUACAUCUGGCGGCAGCCCAUGGAUUUCUGGAAAUUUGUGAGGAAAUUGUGGAAAAGGCUCUAGAACCUUUAUUUGUAAGAAAUGGAUCCGGCAAAACGCCGGUCGACCUAGCCUGCGAUUUUGGGCAUGAGCGUGUAGCUGAAUAUUUGGAGAGUAAAACAGUUUUUCAUGCAAGUUCAAACCAUGGGAAAGAGUUCGAUGACGAGAGCGAAGACUGGACCAUAGGACACACUGAGAGUUUUGAUGGAUUGAGGAUACAAGAUCUGCAACGGAAAAAAGAUCAGCUAGUUGUCGAAACUUCGGACAUGCUACAUGUGCCUCUUUUUACUGCAGAAGCGUUAUUACGAAAUUUUGCGUGGUCAAGACAAGCAUUGUUGGAUUCUUGGUUCGAAAACCCAGCUCAGUGCUGCAAAAAUGCCGGAGUGAAACUGCCCGAGAGUUUUGCUAAGAGGCGUAAACAUGGCUGCUAUAAACCGGAGGAUUUAGAAUUGGGCAGUCCCAAACGGACAUUGCAGCGUAAAGCGGACUCAAUGUGCCCGAUAUGUGCGGAGGAUAUGCCUUGUGAAGAAGAACCAGUCUAUUUAGCGUGCGAACACGAUUUCUGUCGGAAUUGCUGGCAGCAAUAUUUGACAAUUAAGAUACACAAUGGCAACAUCUACCCGAUCGUGUGCCCUGAUUCCAGCUGCUCGGUACUCGUUCCUUGCGAUGUUGUUGAAGGUCUGGUGUCACGUGAAGUCGCGCGAAAAUAUCUGCAGUUUGACAUUGAAGCCUUUGUGGAAAGUAACCCAAACAUGAAGUGGUGCCCCUUUGCCGGAUGCGGGCGUGCUGUGUGCCGACCAGAACUACCGGCGCCCUUGUCACUCGAUAUUCCCCACAUGAAGCCACCCUUAGCGACGUCCCACGCCGUCGACUGCGGUAACGGACACUACUUUUGUUGGGAGUGCUCGGGAGAAGCUCAUGAGCCGUCCAGUUGUGAUAAAUGGACCGAAUGGCAUCAGCGAAUCAUUGACGUCCGCCCGGAAGAAAUUCGUGGAACACACGAAGCACUGGAAGAAGCCGCAAAUAACCUCUGGCUUGUUACGAAUUCCAAGCCAUGCCCGAGUUGUAAAUCUCCUAUCCAGAAAACUGAUGGCUGCAAUCACAUGAAAUGCUGCAAAUGUAAACAUGAUUUCUGCUGGAUUUGUGGGGAUGCAUGGAAAAAACACAGCACGGCAACGGGGGGAUACUUCCGGUGCACACGCGCCGAUGCGGUACAUAAAGCACAGGACGAAGCUGGCAAGCUAAUCAGUGCGGCGGAGGAGAAAAAUCGACGGAUCAACGAACUCAAUCGCUUUGUGCAUUUCUACGGCAAAUAUAAGGCUCACGGGGCAGCACUUAAGAAUGCCCAACCAUUCAUUGACAAUGUGGACAUGAAGAUCUGUCGAUUGUCCACCUACAUGAAUGUUUCCGCGGAGCAGUUCUCUUAUCUUCGGGAAGCUGCCCAUGAACUGCUGAAAGCGCGAAAAGUUUUGAAAGGAUCGUACGUGUACGCGUAUUAUUUGGAGGAUCAUCGCAUUCUUUUCGAAUAUAUGCAAACUGAGCUGGAAAAUGCUACCGAACUUAUGGAUUCUAUGUUUUCUACCCGCUUUUUACGACACUGCAGAGAUGAUAUGGUUAAUGCUACGCGACUCAUCAGACGCCGCCGUCAGGAAUUUGUUGUAGCGGUUAAUAAAGGGUUAAUUAUACCAGAAACACCGCCUAGUGUAAGGAAGAAGAGGAAGCGACGCAUACCAGGACUGUUUGGGAUGGAUUUCGACGAUGUGGUUUUACAAGAAGAUAUGGGAGCUGCCAUUGCUGUUUCAUUGGCGGAUCUCGAUCCACAGAAUCCAUGGGUUGUUGAUAAGCGCGGGCGUCAUGCAAAUCUAGCUGCGCUGUAUGACUGGCCGGAAUUUGACGAUAGUGACGAGGAUGUGGGAAUGUUGCUCUCUUCCUCUGGAAUAAGUCUUAAUCCGUGUAGCAGGCCGGGAUGUUCCCGGCCAUGUGCAAAAAAUCCUCGCACAGGAAUUUAUCACCGACACUGUACACUCCGUUGUAAGCGAUUGCAUGAAGAUGAUGCCAAAGAAAGCGUUGAAGAUGACCAGCCUACCACAUCUGGUUCAAGAGCAUCACACAAGCUGGAUAUGAUCAUCGCUAUGGAAUUAUCGCGUUUGCAGAUGCAGCGCGAUCUGGAAAACCGUACUUCAUCCUUUUCUUCCGAGUCUUCCAUUGGUACUGCAUCUCGUCGGCAUUCUGCUUUUGCCGCGGAAGUUCCUGGUGUUCGAGAAGCGGAGGAAUAUGAUCUCAAUUUAGCCAUUCAACUCUCUCUGCAGGAUCUGCAAGAACGUAAGCAAUCUGAAAGCGAAGAUCUUCCUGUCUCUCCUGGUUGGGAGAACCAUAAUUCCGAAUCCGUGAGCAGCCUUGAAUCGGCUGAUUUUGCCCAUAUAACUGCCAACGAACUUUUCCUGGAUCAUUUGCAAAAGAUGACUGAUACCAACAUCCUAAAGAAUACCGAACCUGACGAACCCGGUACUUCGAAAUAAACCGGUGCGCCUGUUUACCUAGUGGUCUUGUACAGUGAACUGGAAUAACAUACAACGAAGUCAGUUUUCCGGUGAUUUAUUAGCUCAUAGGUUUUAGUUUUUAAUGGUUUUCUAUUUUACAAAUGUUUUCAGGGAAUCUUUUCACUUUUUUAUUGAUUGGUAUCUCUGCUAUUCUCGAAUCUUUGGAAUUAUAGUGAUCUUUUUUAUGCCCGGAGAGAAUGCUUUGUAAACAUCAAGAAAAUCCUAGAAGAGAAAAUGUUGAACAUGUACAUCUUGAAAUAAAAGCAAAAUCGAGGUAAAACUGAAGCUCUUC